AUGAAACGAACCAAGAAUACCAAAGCAUUAGCUAUUGCUUUUAUCAAUGCGGCGAAGGAAAGUCUUAGUAAGGCCCUCGACGAUGAAAAUACUGCGGCUAUUAAUGGGUGUCUUGCCGAGCUUGAUGACUCCGAGAUGACAGAUGUCUUUAUUGCGUUGAGUAAACGAUAUCGAUCGAACAAGUCCAGUGGCAAGAACGUUACAACAGUGACGGAGAGCUUUGACACCCAGGUUGGCGACGACAAUGGUGGAAGCCAGUCUACGCAGAUCGAUACACCUCGACGUAUCAGAUCCCAUGCCUUUCCUAAGACUCCUGGUCGCUGUAGAAAUGUUGUUCUAGAUUCCGACCGGCGACGACGAGGUUGGAGGAUCAGUGGCAAACACCAACGAUGA